UUCGCAUUCGAAUCAAACUGGGACGGCCCCCUUUCUGCCUUCCUUCACCGCCCUUGGGAAUCGCGCCCCUCAAGCUUCGUGGUCUGCUCCGAUUCAAACUGGGCCUUGAUCUCGGCGUUGGUGCUAGCGAGUUUCGCGAUCUGUCGUGGAGACUCCCCUGUUGUGUUGUUAGUCUGCGGGAAGCUCAGCAAAGGGGUCAAGGGAGUUUUCGAAUUGGGCCUGGGCGCUUGGAGCUUUGUUGGAAGAGCAGAGUUUGUGUGAUAGAGAGAGAGGGAGUGGGUGUGAAGACUGCAGCUAUGGCCUCGAAGCAGCCUACUAGGGAUGUGAUCACUCUCAAGGGCUCUGCCGCUAUUGUCAGCGAGUUUCUGUGCUAUUCAGUGAAUAGUAUUUUAUUCCAGCGAGGGGUCUAUCCCGCCGAUGAGUUCGGCCGCGUGAAGAAAUACGGCAUGACGUUGCUCAUGUGCCAGCAAGAAAGAGUGAAAGCUUUCAUUGACACGAUCACGCAGCAGAUUGCUACUUGGUUGGAGACUGGAACUCUUCAGAGAGUGGUCAUGGUAAUUGCCAGCAUGUCCACGAAGGAAGUCCUGGAACGCUGGAACUUUAACAUUGAGAAUGACAACGAGGUUAUUGAAAAAGGGGUCACUAGAGAGAAGAGUGACAAGGACAUUAUGACAGAGAUUCAGGCAAUCAUGCGGCAAAUCGCCGCCAGUGUAACAUUUCUUCCCAACAUUGAGGAAGCUUGCACUUUUGAUUUGCUCGCAUACACGUCCGUUGAUUCUGAGGUGCCAGCUGAGUGGGCGGAAAGUGAUGCCCGACUGAUUCAUAACCCGCAAGUUGUCAAGUUGAGAUCUAUUGACACUAUGGUACAUCAAGUCGAAGCCAUGGUAGCCUAUAAGUUUACUGAGGAGCUUUAGUGGUCGCGGAAGCCUUCUAUCAUUAUCAGAUCAGUAAGUAUACAAGGUUUAGAGAGUUUUCCUGCUUCAAGGUGCAAUUCGUGAAGUGGAUCCUUUCUUUGGUAUUUAGUUUGAGGUCAAAGCUCUUUGCCCAGGGACUGUCUGCAGUGAACGCACCCCACCUCUCUCCAGUGAGUAGACCUAGGGGAAGAUGUGUAUAUAUAGUAGAAAUUCUCAUGUGCCGUGGCAUCCACAAUCAUGCCAUCUUCAUUUUCAAGGAUCAGUGCCAUUUCACAUGCACUGUUAAUUCUUCAUUCCAACUCAGUUCAUGAGUGAUCGAAUCAAGUUGUAUUUGUUAA